AGUACAUACGACCAUAGGGUGUGGAGAACAGGGCUUCCCGUCCGCUCAGCCGUACUUAAGCCACACGCCGGCCGGUUAGUAGUUGGGUGGGUGACCACCAGCGAAUCCCGGCUGUUGUAUGUUUUUUAAUUUUUUAAUAAAAAUUAUUUUCUCCUUGAGUAAGGACAUAAGAGCGCUUAUACUUAUUGUGUCUCGUACAACUCUCCGUCACCGGCUCGCUGGACAUACAAAUAGAAGAGGAAUCGCUGCUAAAAUGGGUACUUUCAAUGGAUUCUCGUGGAGCAGCCCCCCGGCCCGCUACUGUAUGAGAAAUGGCCAAUCUUCUACUUAUGUUGCGUGGAACUACCCGGUUCAAACGAUCAGCGAGAAUUGGGUCUUUAACUAUGUGAAAAGACAUUCAGAACUCUCAACCCGAUCCUCAAGGCGCUAUAGUUAUGAGCGUGCAAACUUUGAUGAGACUGGUUUUGCAAUGAGUUUAACUGUUACUGCAAAGGUAGUAACAAGGUCUCAAUACUAUGGUCGGCGAUCAGUGUUACAGCUUGGAAAUCGUGAAUGGGCUACUGCGAUUGAGGCAAUAAGUGCAUCAGGAUGGGCCUUGCCUCCAUGUAUUAUUCUCAAAGGCAAGGUCUUUAUCCAGUCUUGGUCUGACAACCUCCCGGACAAUUGGCGCAUUGAAAUCAGUCCAAAUGGAUGGACUUCUGAUGAAAUCGGGAUUCGGUGACUCCAAAAGAUCUUUAUUCCAUCGACAAUUACUCGUAUGAAAGGAAAAUAUCGACAUCUAAUCCUCGAUGGCCAUUUAACACCAAAAUUCGACGAAAUUUGCAGUCAAAACGAUAUCAUCCCAAUCUUGUUAAAGCGAUGGUAUGGCCAGAUGGUUGAAUCAAGAAUGUGGCUCGGUAUAAAUCAUAUCGGUAAAUUAGACAUUCUUGAGGCCUACCCACACGCACGAAUCGAAGUAUUCAAAACUGAGACUAUUAAGAAUAGCUUCGCGGCAGCUGGUUUAGUGCCAUACAACUGUGAACGAGUGAUUCAAAGCUCAAUAUUCAGCUUCGUAUGCCAACACCCCCCUGAAGCCGGGGUAGCGAUUGGGCGCCUAAAGCGCCUUCGAAUUUCGUCC